AUGUACUACGGCAAGGCCAAAGAGAGCAAGGAAAAAUACUACGAGGAGUACGCCAAGCUCCAUCCAGAGGUGGAGGACCCUAUGACCGAGCCGGUCGACGAGGUGGCGAUGAUGCUGGCGGGGUCCGGCCAGCCGCAUGGACGUCCUGCCUGCCUUGCUGGGGGUUUCAAGCCUCAGAGGAACUUCACGCAGAUCAAGGCUACCCUCCCCUCCGGCAGCUACGCUACCUCCUCGCGGACUACAUGCCGUUCUCGGGUAGAGGUAGAUACUCAGCUCGAGGAGGCCUAUGCAGUAGCUUACGAGGAGUAUCUCGAGAAGAUUAAGGAGCAUGACCUUGUGAAAGAUGCCUAUGUCCAGUGGACGAGCAACCAGAUGGCGAGUUUCACUCGGUUCAUGAUGACUGGAGUGCGAGAGGAACCACUCCCAGAGCCACCUCAUCUGGGGCCGACGCCAGUGUUCCCGUCCAAGGAGGAGUUCUAUUGCAUGUACAAGCGUCAACGUCAGUUGACCCCGGGAUUGGGAGAAUCCGGGAACGACGCUCCUGAUGGUACGCCGAUACACCCCGGUCGCUGUUCUCCUGGUGCUUCUGCCGAACCUCGGCAUGGUUCUGCUUCUCGUGGCUCUCGUCGUGGUUCUACCUCCCCGAGCACCGUCGAAGUAGUGCGGCCUCGCUUCACCCACUCGGAGCUAGAUCAGUACUCGGGUCCGGGUGGUGCACCACCAUAG